GUUAAAAAAUAAUAACAAUAACAAUAAUAAUAAUAAUAAUAGAGACAGAAACGGAACCUUGGCCGGCAGGAAAGACUCCCGCUCUCCGUUUGUUGACGUCGUUAGCCGUUAGCACGACGCGGCUAAGCUAACGCUGAGAAUGAACGUCCCGAAAAGCGGCUAUCGCGUCUUCUCAGCCAACUCCACGCCCGCGUGUACCGAGCUCGCCAAGAAGAUUACCGAGCGUCUUGGAGUGGAGUUGGGGAAGUCUGUGGUUUACCAGGAGGCUAACAGAGAGACCAGAGUUGAUGUUAAAGAGUCUGUUAGAGGCCAAACGAUCUUCAUCAUCCAGACAGUUCCCAGAGAUGUUAACACCGCCAUCAUGGAGCUGCUGGUCAUGACGUAUGCCCUCAAGACCUCUUGUGCCAAAAACAUAAUUGGAGUUAUCCCAUACUUCCCCUACAGUAAGCAGUGUAAGAUGAGAAAGAGGGGAUCCAUAGUGUGUAAACUUUUGGCAUCCAUGCUGGCCAAUGCAGGUUUGAGUCACAUCAUCACCAUGGACCUCCAUCAGAAAGAGAUCCAGGGUUUCUUUAGCUUCCCUGUGGACAACCUCCGUGCCUCUCCGUUUCUUCUGCAGUACAUUCAAGAAGAGGUCCCUGAUUACAGAAAUGCCAUCAUUGUUGCAAAGUCCCCCUCUGCAGCAAAAAGGGCUCAGUCCUACGCGGAGAGGCUACGUCUAGGCUUGGCCGUCAUUCAUGGGGAGGCCCAGUGCUCUGAAUCGGACAUGGCCGAUGGACGACACUCUCCUCCCUUCGUCCGCAACACUUUUGGCCAUCCUGGCCUGGAGCUGCCAUGCAAGCAACAAGCUCCGUUCCCAGGCAUAGAGCUCCCAAUAAUGAUGGCCAAGGAGAAACCGCCCAUCACGGUGGUAGGAGAUGUUGGAGGGCGCAUCGCCAUCAUUGUUGAUGACAUCAUAGACGAUGUGGAAGAUUUUGUGGCAGCAGCAGAGAUUCUGAAGGAAAGAGGAGCCUAUAAGAUUUACAUAAUGGCUACUCAUGGCCUGCUGUCCGCUGACGCUCCGCGCCUCAUUGAGGAGUCUGCCAUAGAUGAGGUGGUAGUGACCAACACUGUCCCCCACGAAGUGCAGAAGCUGCAGUGCCCAAAGAUCAAGACGGUGGAUGUCAGCAUGAUACUGGCCGAGGCCAUCCGUCGCAUCCACAACGGAGAAUCCAUGGCGUACCUGUUCCGCAACAUCACUGUCGACGAUUAGGCCGUCGAGCAGCUUUGCGCUAGCGUUGGAGGUGAGGUCUUUCCAAAAAGCUGAGGAUGCUCUCUCUCCUCCCCUAAACAUGCUAGGAGUGCCAAGUAUUGCAAAACGCAACCAUUUAAAACAACAAAAACAAACUUAUUUUAUUUAAAAAUCUGUCUGAGUAGACGUGCUUAAGGAAAUUAAAGAGAUAGAGCUUUGAGUUCAAUUUUAGGAACCUUACCAUUGUGUCUGAAUGCAAGUAUCCCCUCUUUACUCUUAUACAAUCAGUUAGUCUGUGCAGCAGUCAUUGGCUGUGGCAGUACCUCUUAUAUGCAAAAGUGUUGAAUGUUAUUCCAUUCAUUUGCACUCAUACGUUUGUAUUCCCUCUGUUAAUGGUGUGCUGUAUUCGCUCCUCGAUAUCUGCUUGCUUAAAUAGCCGGCCAAAUGAAGGCAUUUGUUUAAACAUUAUGUCCAGUACUUGCAAAUAAUGCUCUCGAAGGACCCUAGAAUGUGUUGUGUGCAAGAGUAGCUGCUUGCUUGCUGUUUAUUCUAUACAGCUUUCUUAAUAUUAAGUCCAGUAUCCGCACUAAAAAAUGCCCUAAUUCUGUUAGAGUAUUGGGCGAGCCGAUUCAUUCCUUAAGAGUGCUGUGCACGUAAUCCCAACGUUAAGGGAACAAACCUUUGUGUCUGGAAUGUCAUCUCAGUUGAUGUGUGUUAUCCCUGUUAAAGGGAUACCCAAGAAAUACCGUUUGUGGCACGAAGCGUGGCGUUAUUCAAGCUGAUGCUUGUAGCAUGUGAAUGAAACUGACCCAUGCACUAGUGAAUGUUUACGUUUGCCUUUAAAUUGAGACACAAUAUAGUCAUAGCUCAGGUCGUUUGAUUGUUAACCAUAAAGCAAAGGGACAUGGGAUGUUUUGAUCGUCUUAAGACCGUAAAAUCACAUGGCAUGGGCCAACCCGUGUUCCAUGCCUGGCAGCUGAUCCACAACAACACAACAACUAUGCUGACACGCCUGUCCACAUUAAUAAAGGGAAAACUGUUCAUGAAAAGCUUGCUUUGGUUUUUCAAGGCAGGUUUAUGUAAUUAAUGACAGUAUGCCUAGUUUGUGUAUGCUGUCAGAGCCAUCGAGUUCGUGGAGGUUUUGGUGUGCAGUUUCAUUCCGUCCAAGGCCACAACGUGCAUGACCGCAGUGUUCUCACAUCGUGACGCUGGGGCCUCUUCUUGCUCGGCCAUCCCGCCGUUCCUCACGAGUGACCAGUCUUUCUGUGCACAUGUGGUCUACGCAGUGUUCCUCACCACGGCUACCCUGUCACUUCCACUUCCAGUUCUGACGGUGGACGUUCCGCCAGGCAGGCGCGUGCUUGGCAUGUGAGCCGCUCGGGCGUCUUUGAGAGCAAUGGUGGUUGCUAUGGCAACCGUGCUCAAAGCUGGAUUAAUUUUUUUUUAUUAUUAUUAUUAUUAUUUUCAUUUUCCCAGGCAGCGCAUUUUUGCUCUGCGUUCCAACACUUCUAAAAAAAAAAAAUUUUGUUUGUGAUGUUACGUAUUUCACUGCUAUUGAUUUGUAAACCAUAUUUUUGUAAAUAAAGACUGUCGAACGCUU